GUUUUCUGGACUUUCUGACCACUUCACCUGAACUGUGAGAUACAACGUCACCAUGCAGUCUCCUGGAAAAACCCUGACAGAAGCUCUGCGCUGUGCUCAGAGCGAAGAGCGACUCACUGUAGGAGUCUAUGAGAGUGCCAAAAUUAUGACUGAUGACCUGGACAGUGUGUCCUUCUGCGUCCUGGCCAUGGAUGAGGAGUUCGAGUGUGACAUCGCUCUCCAGAUCCACUUCACCCUCAUCCAGUCCUUCUGCUUCGACAACGACAUCAGCAUCGUCAGAGUGAGCGACAUGCAGCGUCUGGCUGAGAUUGUUGGAGACAAAGCGGAGCAGCUUGAAGAUGCUCACUGCGUCCUCAUCACGAACCCAGCUGACGGGUCUUGGGAGGACCCUGCUCUGGAGAAGCUGCACCUGUUCUGUGAGGAGAGCCGCCGUCUGAACGACUGGGUUCCUGAGAUCAUCCUCCCUGAGCGUUGAUCUGGGCCUCAGCUCCUCACUUGGUCAGAUGCUGCAAAGCUUCUUUUCUGGAAAUACUCAUCCUGAUGGACAGGAUGACCCUGUUUCUGCUCAUCCCUGGAUACUCCUGAGGAGGAUUCCCGUCCAGGCAGCACGGCGCCGGCCCGAGGGGCCCCUGUGAACCGUCGCCUCUUGUCCCGUCCAUGCCAAGAUGACUCUCAUUCUUUAUGUGAAUGAGGUCAGGUAUGCCACGAGAGCGACACGUCGACCCUCAUUCUUUGUGCGGAUGAGGUUUGGAGAGGAAGGAGAAGCACGUUCUGCGUCCUGUGAUUCCACAGAGUGAACGUGGCACGUUGAAGCACGCGCAGUAGGAGAAGAAGCGGUGCUGAGGAAGAGGCCUUCUUAAAAAGGGACUUUUUAAAGUUGUCCUCUUUGCUGAGCAACAUGGCAACAGUUGCAGUCAGCGGAAAUCUUUCUCACUUUCCAGAAUUGUCUUAAUUGUCUAAAGGUUUCACUUUAGAAAUUUAACAAUGACAAAAAUAUUCUAAAAUGAAA